AUGGCUAUCACACCUCUUUCGCCGCGUGAAAACAUGGCUAUGCCCAUGCCUCCCCCACUCCUACACACCCGCUCUGGGAACGAGGCGUAUGAUCGGCCACAGACCCCUACUGGCAAUGCCUUUGUUAGCCCAUCUCAGACGCCUGUUGGCAGUCCAAGCAAGAAGCAACUGCCACCUGGUGCUGCUGACUUGCCCAAUGUCUUCGACAAUGCACUAAAGUUGAACCCAUCAUCACCCACGAAACAACCGACCUCCCCAAGCAGGCUCGCACUUGCCGACGAUAGUAUCCUACGACAAGACUUUGGAGGCUCGUAUGGUCGCUCCGAAAGUCCGACACGAGGAUCAAACAAGGAGAACGCCCCUAGUGGUGAUGGAAGAUUCAAUCAAAGUCAUGCUGCGCUCUCUAGAAGAGGCCAGUACGAGUCGGUCGACACCAAGCGCAACAUUCAGACAAGAGGUUUGACUGCGGAAGAACUACAGAAGCUGCAGAAUCCGAAGCUCAAACGUCUCGCCAACGUCACUCAACUGUACUUCCUCGACUACUACUAUGACCUUCUGACGUAUGUGCACAACCGUCAAGUCCGCGACGAGCUCUUCAAGGAAGCGUACCCAGCCGAUAGCAUCUCUCAAGGCGAGCGAGCGGCGGCCCUUGAUAAACAUCUUGGAAAGGAGAGAUCUACCCUUCGCAAGCGUCGCACUCGCCUUCGACAUGGUGACUUCCAAAUCCUCACACAAGUCGGUCAAGGAGGCUAUGGACAAGUGUAUCUUGCGCAAAAGAAAGACACUAGGGAGGUCUGCGCGCUCAAGGUCAUGCGGAAGAAGUUGUUGUUCAAGCUCGAUGAGAUCAGACAUAUUCUGACGGAGCGAGACAUUCUCACCGCCGCCAAGUCCGAGUGGCUCGUCAAGCUACUCUAUUCCUUCCAAGACGACGAGCAAAUCUACCUUGCGAUGGAAUACGUUCCCGGUGGAGACUUUCGAACACUGCUCAACAACACUGGUGUCCUGCACAACCGUCAUGCUCGCUUCUACAUUGCCGAGAUGUUCGAAUGCGUUGAUGCCCUGCAUUCUCUCGGCUACAUUCAUCGCGACCUGAAGCCGGAGAAUUUUCUCAUCGACGCUAUUGGUCAUGUCAAGCUCACAGAUUUCGGCCUUGCUGCAGGCAUGCUCAGCCCUAUCAAGAUUGAGAGCAUGCGCAUCAAGCUGGAAGAAGUUGGCAACACCCCAGUUCCUUUCGGUAUGCCUCCACCAGAAGAACGUACCGCUGAGCAGCGACGAGAGGGCUACCGCUCCCUACGUCGUCGGGACAUGAAUUAUGCCAAGUCGAUUGUCGGUUCCCCUGACUACAUGGCCCCCGAGGUCCUGAAGGGCGAGCAGUACGAUUCCACCGUCGAUUACUGGUCUCUAGGCUGCAUGCUAUUUGAGGCUCUAGCUGGCUAUCCCCCUUUCGCAGGCGCCACUGUUGAUGAGACAUGGCAGAACUUGAAGCGCUGGCAACGUGUACUUCGGAAGCCAGUAUAUGAUGACCCUAAUUACUUCCUUAGCAAGCGCACAUGGGACCUGAUUACCCGUCUGGUCGCUGCCAAGGAAAACCGUUUCAAGAACAUCAGCGAGAUUCACAAGCACGAGUACUUUGCCGAAGUGGACUUCGAAACCCUGCGGGAGCAGAAAGCGCCAUUUGUGCCAGAGCUAGACAGCGAGACCGAUGCCGGCUACUUCGACGACUUCAGCAAUGAAUCGGACAUGGCCAAGUACAAGGAGGUGCACGAUAAGCAACGUGCACUUGAAGACAUGGCUGAGCGUGACGAGAAGAUGAACAAGAAUCUUUUCGUUGGAUUCACCUUCAGACACCGCAAGCCCAACGUUGACAACGACGGCAAGCCCGAGAGCCCCCGCAAGGCCAUUGCCACCGACGGGACUUUUGGCACGAUGUUCUAA